CAUAUUUUACGAUAACUUUAGUUGUUUUUAUGUACACCUCCAACGGGUAUACGAUAUAUGUGGAGUUGGUUUACAAUAACGACUGGACGGUGAUUCUACGGGUAUUUUCCAUAGCGGGAUCCACGAUGCAGGCUCAAGCAAAAAUACAAAGUACAUUGGAAUAUGAGACGUCUCUGCGUGAAUUGAUGGUCACCUACGAUUUAAUGUACAAGGAGUACGAGGCAAAGGGUGGCGCGUAUAUAAAAUGUCUGCAAAAGCGUGUCAAGAACACCUGGAGAAUGCUGAUCGCCUUCAUGUUGCUAUAUUUGAUUGUUGCAAUUUCAAUGGCCGUUUAUCCCAUAUACCUGUAUGUUGUCCACAAUGAGAAGACGCUUGUGAUGCAGUUUCUGGUGCCGGGCAUCAACCACAAUACAGAUAGAGGGCAUGAAAUUUUGACAGUACUUCACGUAAUAGCUUUGGGUAUGGGCGCCUUUGGUCACUUUGGUUGCGACAUGUUUCUAUUUAUUAAUAUUGCGAAUUUGCCGCUUUUAACGGAUCUAUUUAAAGUAAAGAUAAAUGAAUUUAACGAGUUGGUAGUGCAAAGCAAUAAGAAUGAACAGAUUCGCGACAUGUUCUGGGAGUUGCUAGCCUGGCAUCAGAAGUAUUCUGGUGUCGUUACUGAAGGAAACUUCAACGUCAUUUUGAAAAUAACCACCUUUUUGGGUGCCGCAAUUUUGGUCAACACAAAACUGUUCUGCUUCAUUCGUUGGGCCCACUUGUUUAGAGAAUCGCAGACAUUUUUGGACACCACCUACAUGGGUUUCGAGAAACUCGGAGGCGACUACAAGAAAGUGAUGCUCGAUGGCAUAAGAGCUAUUAGGAAAACCAUUACAAUAUUAAUGUUAGUUUACAUUGCAUGCCUUGUUACCUUUACGGGAUUCCCAGCGGUGUAUUAUGCAUUCUACAACAAGCGAAUUUUAAUCCUGCAGUUUCUGCUUCCGUUCGUGGAUAAGAACACAACGAUUGGAUAUUGGUUGCUGUGCGGUGUACAUUCUGUAUGCCUAAAUUUUGGGGGACUGGGAAACUUUGUAGGAGACGCGUUUUUUCUCACCUUUAUCGGAAAUGUACCGCUUCUCAAGGACAUAUUGGCUUGCAAGUUUAAACAUCUCAAUAGACUUAUGGAUAGAAAAGCUCCCGAGAAGGCAACAAGAGCACAAUUGCGCAAGGCUAUGGUGAACAUUAUUCUCUGGCAUAAAAAGUAUCUGAGCUUACAGUUUCGUGUAAGACGCAUAUAUUUUGGCGUCAUCGCGGCACAAAUACUGAGCUCCUUUUUCAGCGUUUUGAGCAGCAUGUACUGCUUAUUGACUGGCGAUUGGCCCGCGGCUCCCGUCUAUUUGAUCUUCUCGCUUCUGACCCUGUAUUUGUAUUGUGGACUAGGCACCAUUGUUGAAAAAUCGAAUGAUGAUUGCGUCACAAUCAUCUACACCGAAUGCCGCUGGUAUGACCUGCCCAUAUCAGAGCAGCAUUUUCUAUUGCUCAUGCUGCGCAUGUCCCAGACUACGUCAUCUCUGUCCGUGGCCGGCAUGAUGCCACUGAACGUGAACACCGCGCUGCAACUGACAAAGGCCGCUUACAGUAUGGGCAUGAUGCUGAUGACAAACGAGGAUUACUAUGCUGUUCUUGACGAUUUUAUGGGUGCGAUAUACUCAAAUUUAUUGUGGUAUCAACUGCCGGUUACAGAACAAAAACUCGUCAUCCUCAUGGUGGCCAAGUCACAGAAAGAAAGGGCUCUAACUGUAAUGAGUAUACUCCCACUGUCGAUGGCAACUGCAUUGCAGUUAACAAAGGGCAUUUACAGUUUCAGCAUGAUGCUUUUCACAUACCUAGAGUAG